CGCGGCGCCCCGCCCACCCCUCCGCUCCGCCUGCGCGGGGUCGUUCCGCGGCCGCUGCCGCCAUGAGGCGCGGCGAGCGCCGGGGUCCUGUCGGGCCGCUGGGUAAGGCCGCCUUGGAGGAGCAGCACCGGCAGCCCAACGGCGGCUCCCCGCCGCCCGGCUCCGAAAGAGACGGCCCCGCGCUCGGCCUCCGCCGCAGCACCGAGUCUGAGGUCUACGACGACGGCACCAACACGUUCUUCUGGAGAGCUCAUACCCUGACAGUUCUGUUCAUUCUCACCUGUGCGCUGGGAUACGUAACCUUACUUGAAGAAACACCUCAAGAUACAGCCUACAAUACAAAGAGAGGUAUUGUUGCCAGUAUUUUGGUUUUCCUGUGUUUUGGAGUUACACAGGCUAAAGAUGGACCAUUUUCAAGACCUCAUCCAGCUUAUUGGCGGUUUUGGCUGUGUGUCAGCGUUGUAUAUGAGCUCUUCCUCAUCUUCAUACUCUUCCAGACUGUACAAGAUGGCAGACAGUUUAUGAAGUACAUUGAUCCACAUUUAGGUGUUCCUUUGCCAGAAAGAGACUAUGGUGGCAACUGCCUUAUUUAUGAUCCUGGCAAUGAAAGUGAUCCAUUUCACAACAUCUGGGACAAACUGGAUGGAUUUGUUCCUGCUCACUUUUUUGGCUGGUACCUGAAGACACUGAUGAUUCGAGACUGGUGGAUGUGUAUGAUCAUCAGUGUAAUGUUUGAAUUUCUGGAAUACAGUCUGGAACACCAGCUUCCAAACUUCAGUGAAUGUUGGUGGGAUCACUGGAUAAUGGAUGUGAUCUUAUGUAAUGGAUUAGGAAUUUACUGUGGGAUGAAGACUCUUUCUUGGCUUUCUUUGAAAACAUACAAAUGGCAAGGACUUUGGAACAUUCCUACAUACAAAGGUAAAAUGAAGAGAAUUGUCUUCCAGUUCACCCCAUAUAGCUGGGUCAAAUUUGAGUGGAAGCCGGCAUCCAGCUUACGGAGAUGGCUAGCAGUUUGUGGCAUUAUCUUUGUAUUUUUAUUGGCAGAGCUGAACACAUUUUACUUGAAGUUUGUCCUUUGGAUGCCGCCAGAACACUACUUGGUCCUGUUACGGCUUGUCUUUUUUGUCAAUGUGGGAGGUGUGGCUAUGAGGGAGAUCUACGACUUCAUGGAUGACCCGAAAUUCCAUAAGAAAUUGGGUCAGCAGGCUUGGCUGGUUGCUGCUAUUACUGCCACGGAGUUUCUGAUUGUUGUGAAGUACGAUCCCUAUACACUCACACUGUCUCUUCCUUUCUACAUUACCCAGUGCUGGAUCUUAGGGAUUAUACUCGUGCUCACCUGGACAGCCUGGCGGUUUUUUAUUCGAGAUAUCACGUUGCGAUAUAAGGAGAUAAGGCGACAGAAGCAAGAGCACAGAUAUGAAAAGGACAAAUGCUUGAGCAAUGGUGAUGGACAUUCUUCAAUAUUGGAUGAACAGAAUGGGAGCAAACUAAGGGAAAGGAAAUUUUGAGCAGUGGUCAAAGGGCUAAAAAGAACUCAUAGUGCCCAAGUUGGCUUGGUGGACAGUUUCAACCUUAACCUACCUAACUUGUAAUUUUCACUGUUAGUUUUCCAAGGUGUGAAAAUCAUUUUGAGGAGAUGAUGUCACUUUGACAUGCACGCCCUUUCUAGUCAUGUACACCUAGUCAGAGUCGGAGAAAGUCUGUGUAGAGGGAAGUCAGAACCAACACCAUCGCAAUGAGGUGGGAUCUUCGUCCAAGUGUGCUGCAUGCCUUCCUUGCAAAACAAGUUUUGGAGACAAGGGGCUUUAAAACAAAGCGCAAAAGGAAUCUGGCAGAUUACUUUCAGUUAACUGUGAGAUUCUAUUUUGACAUUUGGGCAUUAGGAAUGCACGGCACAGGAAAUGAAUUUUGUGUCUUCUGCUGAAACUACUUUGAGGUGUGGAGUCAGAUUAUAUAAUAUGUUCAACCACCAAUUAACAGAACUGUGGCGAGAUAAACAGAUUAACUGAAGCUUGUGAACAAGUUGCAUUACUUGCACAGAAUGUAAUGCAGUACACUACUGUUACAACCCCCCUAAUGUGGGGGUUAUUGCCUUUCUCUAAACUGACUUUCAAUGUCCUGGAAUAGCUUACAAUAAUUUUAUGUUUUAUCACAGCUCUAGGGAGACAGAAGACUUCUCCUUACGCUUUUCUGUUUUUUUUUUUUUUAAUCUUGGUCAUCUCUUAAAGGUAAGGGAAGUUUAAAUAAGAAAGGUCAGCCUGCCUUCUGUUUGCUUCAUGGAGUAAAAUCUAUUAUUAACAGAAAAAUGGAGUUACUCCAUCAGUCUUAAGUUAUUUGCCUUAUUCUCAGCUCUUUUACUUUGCUUGCCAAGAGGAUUUCAUUCUUGGUGUCUGCUGUACAAAGCAUGUCCUGUUCUGCCAUCCUUCAGAGCUGUCCUGUCCCUUCUAAGGUGACUCUGGACUGAGCAAUCUCCUGAGUCCAGCUGGAAAAGGCAUUCUCUGCAGUCCUGCAGAAAACAGCUGUUACCGUGCUGCCAUCCAUGCCAAAAGAGGAAACUGAAGGGAAGUGCAUCCAGUCUUCCCUGAGCAGCAUGUAGCACUGGAGAUCUACAGUCCAAACUAGACAGCGUUUUUGCUCGUGACUCAGCAUCUAGGAAAAGAAAUUAGGAGCCUUGGCUGCAUUUUUUUCAGGGUCAUUAUUCCAAAAUGUAAGUGCUGCAACUAAGCAUCAGUUUUGUAACCCAUGCUCUAAGCCUUUGCAUUGGCCUCUAAGGCACUGAUGUAAUGGUAUCACUGUUUAAGUACAAUGAUCUAAUCUGGCUGUUGAAAGAUGUUUUUCAGGGAAGUGUUUAUCCUGAAGAAAGUGAUAUAACACCAGUAACAUUUAAAAAGGAUAGCCCCCAAAAUUCUAAGUGGCAGGAGACUUGAGAUGCUGCUGGAUAGUAAACAUCCACAUUUCCAAUCCAUUUUGGUCUUGCACAUGGAGAGCCACCAAAAUAAAUCUGCCAUUUCUCUUAGGUUUAUGGAGUGACCUAAAUAUUUUCUGACCCUGAAGAAUGGACACAGCAAUAGGGCAGUCCUCAGUGAACGGAACAGUUCGGUUGCAUCUGAAGAGCUCAACAAAUGAAGCAGAUUUGAUGGGCCCUUGGGGCUGCCCCAGUUGCUUAGCAGACAGAGAGGAGGAUGAUCAUUUUGAGAACGAAGCAUCCGGCUUUGUUCUUGAGUACAUACAGUUCACUGUGGAUAGUCGCUCAAUGGAUAGUCAACUCAAAGUCAGCUCUUAAAUCAUAGUAUUUUGCUGCUGUGAGGUAGUGAAGAAUAAAUGGCCAUGUAACUAGGUGCUGACAAAUUUAUAAAUGGGCAGACAGUGCUGAGUUGAGCAAGUAUUUAUUUGUAUGCCAUUUCAGCCUGAGUCGUUCUCAUUUCUGGCUUUCCACCAUUCUUAGGAACUGUUGACUGAUUGAUUGGUAGCUUGUACCAGUGUGUUGUGCUUGUGUAGUCCCAGGCUCAGGUCAGUAUAUUUCCAUUCCUUCUCUGCUGAUUAACACUGUGGUCCCCACUCUCUCUCUUUGCAGUACGUUCAUCUGAGUCUGUUUUGUGAAUUGGGUGGUUACAGGCACACUGAGGAGGAUCUGUCACUGUACCUUCCUCCUCCUCCCCACCCUGCCAAAGACACACUGAGGUACUUCAGAAACAACUGCUGAAGAAUCCCUGUUCCCCAGUAACAGUUCUGGAGCUUUGAAUUAAUACAUAAAACACUGACUUUGUGUUUGUCUACUUCUGUUUUAUCAGCUUUUAUGGUUAGUCUGAACUGAACCAGUAUAAUAAAGCAGUGUUUGCUGGUGUGUUUUGGUA